AGUUACAUUUAAAAUAGAUGCUGGAUAUCAAUACGGGAAUGCAACUUGUAACAUUUCAUCAAUUAGGACUACCACAGUCACUCACUGAUUGCUCAUUUAAAACGCUACUUUCUCGCGAUUACUUAAUUGGAGCGCCUCAAAUGUUUCUGACUGAACACAAGGUGUGGCGCAUAUCUACACUGGGUAUGUGGGAUAAAUAUUUAUGAAGUAGUGAGGAUUAAAACUGCACCAUCUGUAGCCCCCAUGCAUGCCCUGUUACUGGGACAGGAAGCGAGGGUCCUAAAUGCCCUGAUAGGUGCCUUUAAUUGCGCCUGAGUGAAAUGAAUUUGCCUGGCGUGUUUGGGACUCCCCGGAUUGAUCUGUCGCCCUAUUUUAAUGCUCAUUUGUUUGGAUUAGAGGACGUGGCUCAGUGAGAUGAGUGUUGAGGUAGAAAGAAAAUUUAUAUGCACCGAUGAAACUCUAAAAAUACUGGAGAAGACAGCUGUUUGUGUCGGACAACAUGAGUUUCAUGACCAGUACUUUGACACCGCAAGCUUUGCCCUCACUUUACAAGACUUUUGGCUGCGUAAACGUAAAGGAAGUUGGGAGCUGAAAUGCCCAGUGAGUAGAGGCCAGUCAAAGGUGGAAGCUCUGUGCACCCGCUACAGGGAGAUUACCGAUCUUGCUGAAAUUCAACUAAGAGUGAGAGAGGUAAUAAAAGACCAUGGAUCCACACAACCAAGAAAUCAGAAGACAGACGAAGUUGUGGACAGUCAAACCCAAACUGUUAGUGAGGAGGAGACAUGGCUUUGUGACAUGAAUUUGAAAUGCUUUGCAGAGUUCACAACAGUUCGGCGCUCAUUCACUUUAAAGGAGGACGGUGUGCAAGUCGAUUUGGAUCAGGCCGAUUUUGGCUACAAUGUUGGGGAGAUUGAGGUCCUUGUAUCAGAAGGGAGAGAUGUGCAGUCGGCCUUGGAGAAGAUUGAAAAGGCAGCUCAAAAACUGGGUUUGACUGGAAAUCAGAAAAUACCAGGGAAAAUGGACGUUUUUCUCCAACGAUAUCUCCCAAGUCAUUACAAUGCAUUAAUGAAGGCACACAUAUUGUAAAUUAAAAUUAGAAUAGGCUUUUUAGUUUGUAUAUUUGAUUUUACAAUGGAGAGUGCAAAUAACAAAAAAUAAACUGUAAUAACAUUCAAAUUUCAAUACUUAUAUCACAUAAAGCUAAAAUAUACAGAUUUGUUAAGGUCCAUAUAGACAUUAUAUAACAGUUUUAAUGUGGAAUUAUCUGUAAAAAAUAUCUAUAAUUAAAAGAGAGAUUUAAAAAUGUUAAUAUUUCAAUCAACAGGCUGUAAAUAAGAAACCCAUAUUUCUGCAUAAAGAUCAUCUGUGUAUACACUUGCCUGUACAGCACUUUGGUCACCUGUGGUUGCUUUAAAUGUGCUUUAUAAAUAAAUUUUACAUGACACUGACAUCAUUUAAUCCUGUUAAACUAAAUUACAUCAGGAGCCCAAUUUACUGAUGAAAGUUAUUCUUGCUCAGACCUGUGUGAUAUUUAAUGAAUUACUUUGAGAAUGCUGCAGUCUACACCUAUUCGAUGGAAAUGCCAGAGUAUCUAUUUGCCAUUUAGGGGUGUAGUUUUGGUUCAUUAGAGAUGUUAAUUACCCCUUUUACGACAUGUUUACUACUUCAUAGAACAGUUUCUUCUUUUCCAUUUGCAACCGAAACUAUUAAAACUACCACCCAUUGACCUCAUGUUGUGUAGAUGAGAGCUAAUGAAAUACUAUUACGUCCCAUGCUAUUAUAUGAACAUUGAAGAUGAUUUCUUAUGUUUGAGAUGAGCACAUUUUCAUUUAGAGACGACAUUUGAGAGGCAUACAAUCACAGUACCAUAAGCUCAUCUACUGAAAAUCAUUAACAAUAUAGUUGAGUAGGCUUUUAUCUCUAUAGAGGAUGCCAUUUUUUUUAAGGUAAGGGUUGUCACUUAUUGUUUGCUUUCUAUAUUACAAAUUUACGCUAGUAUUUAUAACAUGUAUGUAUUGG